AUGUUGUCAGAUAUUCAAGUAUUUGUGCGGUGGAAAGAUCAAGCUAUUUUCGCUGGCGAGAAUGUCGAAUGCACAAUAACCUUUAAGCACGUCACUCCUGGUGAUUCGGGAGCUGAUGGUAAAGGUUCACAGAAGCAUUAUAGGGGUGGAUCUCGGCCAAUAAACGUGAUUGAAAAUGGAGCCCAUUACUCUCCUGCAAGAUCUCUGAACCCUUUCUCGUUUAAUAGUAACAGUCGUCGGCCUGCAUCUCUUGGACAGAGAGCGUGGAAUGGCGCCGAAAAAGGGCAUCGCCCAUCGGCAUCACUGAGCUCCCCACUCCCAUUUAGCAACAGCUUUCCACCGAGUGCUGCUACUGGUGCUAGCAAUGGAAGACCCUCCGGACACGGCCACAGGAGAUCAGUCUCCAUUAUCUCCUUGGAGCAGCCGGAUUUAAACCCUGAGCGGAAGUCGAUUCCAAGCCCCUUUAGCCCUAGACUGGCAAAGGGACAUGCUCGGUCGGCGAGUUUUCAAGUUCCCACGAGAAGGAAUGAUGUUUUUGGCAACGGAACACAGUCCGGUAAUUACUCUCACUCUUCUCCUUCCGCUGGACUGAGCUCUAAGAGUAAAUUUGCAGCACCGCGUUCUCCGCUCCCGCAAGUCUCGUCAGUUAAUUCACCUUCCAGUUUGUCUCUACCGUCUGUCGGAGGCGAAGGAGGCCCUUCUCGAGUUCCCAGUCGUUCUCCCACUUCGAACCCGAGUCGUCGCCCUCAUCGAUCCCGACAAAAGCGUGGAGAUUCAUUCCCGAUGGAUUUUAAGUUCCCCCAGGCUCCGCCAUCGCGAGAUGAGACCGAAAAUAGUGGUUCAGCGAUGUCAAGCAGUUCCCGAAUUAACGAAGAUGGCCCAAGCUCUGACUUAUUCCCUUCCUCACCGGUUCCAAAUGUCCGACCAAAGAGGUCCCCUGAGCCACCGGGACACCUGACCCCAGCAAUAAAAAUUCUAUCCAAUUCUAUUGUCGAUGGGAGUACCAGAAGUAGUGGCGAAUUCUAUUCGUUGAGUAAUAACUCGACUGAAACCCUAGAGUCCGAGUAUGUAAUACCACCGAUGAGCCAGCCGCGGCUUCCCCUCCGCCAUAGAAGGCAUUACUCCAAUCUAGAUUCUUUGCCAGGGAGCCAAAUCUCGCAAUCUCAGAGAUUGCUCAUGGGCUAUGCCCAAGUCAGCGCUUCCUUUACCGUUGAUGGAUCCUUGGUGAACCAAUCUAUCUUUGAGGAAGUUAAACGUAACGCGGUCAUGGGUACCCAAGGACAUAGGGAUGCAUCCUCGAAAAUGGAGAAGCCACGACAAGGAUUCUGGGGAAACCUAGGACUGGCAGGUGUUAGUGACUCCAUCAGCGGCUUAUUAUCAGGCGGAGAGUUGAAUGGUCUACGCGAAAUGAGAGGUGUAUCCUCUUCUCAGUCUAUUCCGUUGCUGUCUACCCCGCAAUCACUCCUUUUCGUGGAUUUGGGUUUAGGCCCUGGAGAGGAGAAGUCCUUUUCUUUUUCAUUUACUUUACCAAAAGGUUUACCUGCGACCUACAAGGGUAAAGCUAUGAAUUUCUCAUACAAUCUUAUUAUCGGCACACAACGAACUGCCAAUGCGAAAGAUGUUCAGCGGGUCCAUCGUAUAAACAUUCCAUUCCGUGUUCUUAGCGGCGUAGAUGGCCAAGGAUCUGUAUUAGGCCAUGACCUUAUGCGUCCAUAUGUCUUACUAAGAGACGAAGCGCGCGUGCGAAAGGUUGAGGUUAGCUCCCCGCUUCCGGCAAAGCCAAAGAGUAUCAGCACCAAACAAUGGACAUCAGCAUCAGAAUUUUUAUCUUACGUUGACGAAAUCCUGGGGACGCAGCCCCGCCGCGGGUCGUUUAAUUCUAUAACAAGCCCUCCAGAAGCCCUCCCCAGUCAGGAAUCCGCUGACAGGGCGUUCUCUUGUAAAGAUACUAUUGAUAUGGCAAUUCUACGGAGUAACCAAUCCUGCGCAUCAGGGCAAAGCACAAACCGUUUCGAAAUAUCGCGCAACGGUCGACGUAUUGCUGUGGUUGUAUUGAAUCGGCCAGCUCACCGCCUUGGAGAAACAGUCGUGGCGACAAUUGAUUUUUCCAACGCUGCACUCCCUUGCUACUGUCUUCGCGGCUCACUAGAGACUUACGAGAAAGUGAACCCAACGAUUGCUCUCCGCUCCAGUACGAGCAUUACGAGAGCGACUCGAAAGGUCCACGCUACCUGCUUUGAUAACACUUUAUUCUCCACAAAGGUUGCAUUUAUGCCCUCGAUUCCAGUCUCAGCGACACCAACGCUCAUAACGUCCGGAGUCAACCUAGAGUGGCAGCUUCGCUUUGAAUUUGUGACGUGUGGAUUGCACCACGAGGAAGAUGCUGGGGUUUCCGGGAUAAAUCUGCUUGAAAUAGUAGAACGAGAUGAUAGAGGAGCUGUGUUUGCUGCGUUAGAGAAUGUGCUGUGUCAGUCUUUCGAGGUCUCCAUUCCCUUGACUGUGUAUGGAGACACUAUCCACGAGCCUGAGAGUGAGGAAUUACAAGGGUAUCCGAUAUAG